AUGUCAAGGUGCUAUAAGGCCUGGCGCAUCCCUGACGGCCGGUCAUUUCACGGAGAAAUUCGAUCGACGCGAGCCAGGCUCGAGGAACGUUCGACGAACACGAGUCAACGAUCUGAAGCCGAAGAUAAGCUGAAGAUGAAGAGUAUCCUACUGGUGUGCGUGUGUUCGUUGCUAAUCGGCGUACAGGCCAUUGGUAGAUACAGAGGACUAGAGUUUUUAGAACCUUGCUCCAGAAGGGACUACAAUGUCGAGAAUUGUCUUGCUAGAUCGGCCAACGCACUCACCGAACACUUUCGUCACGGUUUACCGCACUUAGGAUAUCCAGAGGUAGAGCCGAUUAUCCUCGACGAACUUCACAUCGCACUCGGUGGAGGGCCAGAUGGAUACAGAGCACAGUUCAAGAAUAUCACGGCGAGGGGAGUGUCCACGUUACGGGUGACUGGCUUGAGGGCUAGAAUAUCGGAAGACGAGGUUCAAUUGCAAUUAGCCCUCAGCAUUCCGAAGAUCAGAGCGGCCGCCAAGUACCGAUCCAGUGGUACCUUGCUCCUGGUGAAAGCCAGUGGCGCUGGUGACUAUUGGGGCGAAUACGAAGGUGUAAAGGCGAAAGUAUUUAUCAGGGCAAAGCCAUUCGUAUUUCAAGGUCGUAAUUACUUGAGGUUACAGCAAUUGAAGAUGGACUUCAGUGUGCAGAAUAUUAAAAUGGGCGUCGAAAAUGUUCGCGAUAGCAACGCCAUAAUUCUGGCGGCAUUGAAUCUCUUCAUUAAUACUAAUAGCCAAGAAUUGCUGAAAGAGAUGAAACCUGAUCUGAGGAGGAAAUUAGUUCAAGUAAUGACUAGCUUCGUCGAGAGGAUUUUUGCUCAGGUACCAUACGACGCAUGGAUCAUCGAUUAA